AUGACAGACAUUAUAACUACAACCCAAUUAAAAGAGCUUCAGAAGGCUAUUAGAGAUCAAUUUGUCACGCUUUAUAAGAAUAAUACAGAUGCUUUGCGAGCCAUCUCAUCGAGUACCAAAAUCAAGGAUUCUACACCUUGUGCCGAACUUGUAAAGCUUGCACAACUUAUUAAAUCACAUACAACCAAGAUCGGUAUUAUAUUGAAUCCAGAAACAUUUACAGAGGAAAAUUAUAACGCUACAUUCAAAGAAUUAAAAUCAUUUAUUGAUUAUGUUUUCUUCUAUUUUAGCAUAUUACCAUUAUUUUACAAAGAUGAGGAAUACCCAGAAUUUAUGUUAAAGAAGAUUGAUAACGCAACAUUGGAAUUACUUAAUGGUAUGGAUGUUCUUUGUGAGGAAUUGGAUAAGAAAUUUGAACAUCAUGACACUGAUGAAGAUAGAUUAUUGUGUGUAGGGAUAAUUUGGAAUAGUUGUGACACUCUUGAAGAUAUUGGUAAGAAAGGUAAGUUUGGGUUGCUUGCAGAUUCAAUUAGAGAGAGUAAUGGUUUAGUCGAUGAUGUGCUAAUCGAGGUGGACGAAUUUUUAGAAGAACCUACAUUGGGUAAUGGUUUCAUGUUAGACGAUGGAUUUGAUUCAGAAGAGGAAGAUGAUGAAGAUGAAACACCAAAGAUUCUGGAAGAUGAUAAAGAAACAGUAGAAAAACUUACCGAGUUUUUAAAGAUAUGGAAAACAAAAUUGAAGAUGAUUAAAUUGUUAUUAUCGUCAUUCACUUCCACUAUAUCUUCUACUACUUAUAAAUCUACAAAUAAAAAGGGUUCUAUCCUGGAUGACUUAUAUUCACAACAUCAAAUUAUAACACAAAAUAUUGAUGAAUUGAUAGGAGAUGUAUUUAUGACAGAAUCUGUAUUUGAAUCGAGCGAUUUUGAAGAACAAAUUGAAUUGUUGAAUAAAAGUUUGACUUCGAUUGUUUCUGUGAUGAAAAAAUUGAACGAUGAAGAUGUUAAGAAAUCUAAAUGGAUCAACGUUUGGGAAGUUAAAUAUUUUGAAAAUUAA